UGCACGCAGCACGGGAUGAGCUCCUUGCGGAAACACUGACAGGGGAGGGAGAUGCCUCGGGACGAGAUGAGUUCUCUAAUACAGAAGGUGGCUCGCCAGGCCCGGCAGACUUUUCGCAGCACAGGAGGAGGCGGCGCGGGUCCGUCGGCGGAGAGCUUGGGACAGCUGCGGAAACUCGUGAGUCAGGUGCGGGCGGAAGAUGUGGGUCUGGGAGCGAGUCGGCCCCGGAGCUCGGGAGGGAAGGGCCCGCCUGUGACUUACAUGCACAUCUGUGAGACGUCGUGCUUCAGCAUGGGAGUGUUCUUGCUCCGCCCCGGCGCCUGUAUCCCGCUGCACGACCACCCGGGGAUGCACGGCCUGCUCAAGGUGCUUUACGGCAAACUCCGCAUUAACGGCUUCGAUCGUCUGGAAGCGUCAGAGCCCCCCGAAGCCCUCGCUUUCUCCCCUCCGCUGCUCCCCUAUCAGUACAACUCUGUGCGCCGGGCAGCGCUCCGCUCCGUGGGGGAGUUCGGGGAUAACAGUCCCCCCUGCCUGUUGGCUCCGCACCGGGAGAACCUGCACCAGAUCAGCGCUGAGGAUGGACCCGCCGCCUUCCUGGACAUCCUGGCGCCCCCGUACGACCCCGCGGAUGGGAGAGAUUGUCACUACUAUCAGCUCAUUCACCCCGCCGCCUCCCCCGCACCUGCCUCCGCCGCUGCCCCCGGGGAAACUGAGGGACCCGCCGCCGCUUCGGACAACUGUGCCGGGGGAGCCGCCCAGAAGGAAAUCUGGCUCCUGGAGAUCCCACAGCCCGAGGAUUUCUGGUGCGGGGGAGAAGCCUACCCAGGCCCCAAAGUGUCUAUAUGAUGAUUGUCAUUAUCCAAACACAACUCAUCUACUGGGACAGCACAGACCCCCCAACAGCUUUCCCUCAGGGGAUCCCACCAAUCUCCUAUACACAACUCAUCCAUAGGGUCUCAGCACAGACCCCCGGCUAAUGCAAAUGGACUUUACAGCCAGACCCCCAGUAGGGCCACAAGUUUCAUUUGUGCGUGGCCCCUGCAAGUCAUCAACAUGGUCUUCCCUCUACUACCAGGCAGGCUACGGUUAUGACCCUCACUAGCCCUGAUAGGGCCUCCAGAAGCUUCAUCAGAAGGGUUGUCUACUGCACAGAACUCAUCUGCUGGGUGUCACUGCACAUGCCCAACUACCACAAAAAGGACAGUAAGCUACUGACCCUCUGUCAUCCUGACCCUUGGUUGUAAUAGCGUAAAGAACUCAUCUGCUGGGUCUCGCUGCACAGGUCCCACUAUUACAAGCAUUCGGACCCUCACUAGCCCGGGAAACUUAAUCCAAAGGGCCUUCGUCUCCUACCACACAGAACUCUUCUGCUGGGCCUCCCUGCACAAGCCCAACUACCACAAAAAGGACAGUAGGCUACUGACCCUCUGUCAUCCUGACCCUUGGUUGUCCUAGCAUAAAGAACUCAUUUGCUAGGUCUCUCUGCACAGGCUCCACUACUUCAAGCAUUUUGACCCUCGCUAGCGCUGAUAUGAGCUCCAGAAGCUUCAUCCGAAGGGCCUUAGUUGCCUACCACACAGAAAUCACCUGCUGGGUCUCACUGCACAAGCCCAACUACCACAAAAAGGACACUAUGCGUUUCAGAAGGGGCCUUGGUCAUCCUAGAGCAAAGAACUCCGGGGAUCCAGAAGCUUCACCAGAAGGGCCUUCGUCGCCUACUGUACAGAACUCAUCUGCUGGGUCUUGCUGCAGAGGCCCCACUACUACAAGCAUUUUGACCCUCGCUAGCCCUGUUGGGGGUUCCACAAGCUUCAUCCGAGGGUCAUAGGUCAUCUGCUGGCUCUGGCUGCCCAGCUCCCACUUCAGAAGUAUGGGUAAAUGGGAGACUCCACAUCUUCAACUGAUGGUCAGUUUGUUUGCUACAGAAAACUCAGCAGUUAUGGUUGGCCCUUACAGGGCCUGAAAGUAUCAAUCUUAUGGGCACAUGUUCAUUUGUAAUUCAAUAACUCAUAUGCUGGGUCAUUCUGCACUUGUUCCAGUAGUACUAAGGGUAGUCAUGAGCCUCCUUAUUGGCCACAUCUUCAUCAGUUCGAUGUUCCACGUCACAUCUGGGUUCACUGGCAUAGACCUUCCUUCCAACUACAUCCGGAGGAGAACUCUGUCCUUACAUGGGCCACAAUGUUCCUCAGUGAUCCCUAUUUGUCUACACAGAAAUCAUCAGCUAGCAGCCCAAAUACUACAACACUUCAACCUGGGGCCUCAAGAAUCCACUUUACCCCUCUUUUCUGACUUCAUUGGGUCUACAGUGAUGAACCUAAAGGAUUGGGUUUCUGACUUCAUAAGAUUUUCACUAGGCCCAACUUCUGAAACUGACUGCCCAUAGAUCUGAAUUGUUGACCCUUCCAUGAAUAUUCCAACGGCCACUUUGCAGGAAUAACCAUGGUAUAGGGGUGUAGCAUGGUGCAACUGUCAUCUGAAACACUUAGGGGGGUAUAGAGGGCCAGUUAAAUUGCAAUGUAAACUAUAUUAUGUGGGGCAGGCUGGCUGAUAUUUGAUUGGGGUGUAAAGUCUUGUAAACCACACACUACCCUUGUAUAUAGUCUUAAAAUGACGUUUUACAUUUCCAAAAGGCAGUUUUACCUCUUUUUGGGUUGUCAAGUAUAAGCAUGUAUGGUUUGUCCCUAAAAAGGACAUGUUAACUCUUCAGCACUUGCUAAGGAUGCUUCAAGUUGCUUAGUCCAUCUUGAAAUAUAUAUAUAUAUAUAUAUAUAUAUAUAUAUAUAUAUAUAUAUAUAUAUAUAAUAACCCUAUCUUUUUUUUUUUAAUUUAAACCAGCAGAUACCCCCUUAAUCUACCCCAGCCUGCCCCUUUGGAUUCCUAAUUACAGCACUUAUUCAAAAGCCACCCUUCUCCACUUUUUCUUCCUCUAAUGCCAGUGCUUCCCACCAAUCCUAUCAGACGGAUUUUGCGGAUUAGAAGUAAAGUUUGGGUUGCUGUGUAGCCCUCCGGCUGCUGUUAUUUUAUUAAACAGAUGUUUGUGUACCUUCUCUUUGCAGGUGGCUUCUUGUAACACAUAACCCAGUGCUGUGCUGUCUGCCAGUUCCCAUUGGUCUGUAACAUUUCUCAGCCUGUAGUCUCAUGACAUCAUCAGUACGGAAAUGGAUUAAAGCAUGAUUGUUUACCAGC